AUGGCAGUGCCUGCACAUAAACUUCCUGCCUUAUUGCAGAAUCCAGUGAUUUUUCAGAAGUUCAGCAAAAUUUCUUUUAUCUAUGCGCCUAAGAAUUUCGCAAAAAACAAUGUAAGGUGGUUUUACAAGAAUAAUGCUCCAUUGCUCAAAUAUUACAAUCCUCAUAUGAAAUUGGAAAUACAAUUACAAGAAAAAGCAGAGCCUGUACUUCAGGUUUUUGGGAUAAAUGGGCAAAAAAUUGGGGAAAUUCCGAAUACCAAGAAAAGUGAAGAAUUUUUGGCAACUUUGACGAAAAUUCAUGAAGGAAUAAACUAA